GAUCCGGUGUGCGAAGUUAUCAGCUCAGCCGGCGUGCAGAGCUCGUGGGAUCCCUUAAUCCCGUGAAACUUAAACACGGGCUUCUUGAAAUAUAAUUAGCCUAAGCUGGGAAGGCUGCUGGCAGCGCCAACGCGUUAUGCAACUGCAGCUCCUCUGUGUCAGGGCAGGAGGAUGUUCCCGAGCCCUGUUUAGUUCAUCCGUUUCCUGGCCGUAGGACGUUUCUCCUUGUGCUGACCUACCUGCUCGUUUCUUUUCUCCCCCUCCCGCCAGCUGCUCGCAGUGCUGAACCCCGGUGUCCCUUCGGGCUGCGACUCGGCGUGCGCUCUCGUCCAGACACGGCAUGGCAACCAGCGCGGGCGGCGGCGGGACGGCGGCGGCGGCGGCUGGAGAACCGGCACACGCGGUGUCGCUGCUGCGGGGGCUGAGCGCGCUGCGGGCGGAGCGGAGCCUGCUGGACGUGACGGUGGUGGCGGGCGGGCGGGAAUUCGGGGCUCACCGCGCCGUCCUGGCCGCGGCCUCCGGCUAUUUCCGCGCCAUGUUCGGCGGGGCGCUGCGGGAGGCGCGGGCCGAGCGGGUGCGGCUGCACGGCGUGGAGCCCGAGUGCCUGUCGCGCCUCCUCGACUUCGCCUACACCGGCCGCGUGGGCGGGCUGGGCCCCGACAUCGCCGAGCGCCUGCUGCGCGCCGCCGACCUGCUGCAGUUCCCCGCCGUCAAGGAGGCGUGCGGCGCCUGGCUGGCGCGCCAGCUGGAGCCCGCCAACGCGCUGGACAUGCAGGACUUCGCCGAGGCCUUCGCCUGCCCCGCGCUGGCGGCCGCCGCGCACCGCUUCAUCCUGCGGCACGUGAGCGAGUUGGGCGCCCAGCUGGAGCGCCUGCCGCUGCCGCGCCUCCUCUCCUACCUGCGUGACGACGGGCUCUGCGUCCCCAAAGAAGAGGCCGCUUUCCAGCUGGCGCUGCGCUGGGUGCACGCUGACCCCGCCGCCCGCGCCCCGCUGCUGCCCCAGCUCCUGGCGCACGUCCGCCUGCCCUUCGUGCGUCGCUUCUACCUGUUGGCCCACGUGGAGGGCGAGCCGCUGGUGGCCCGCUGCCCGCCUUGCCUGCGCCUCCUCCAGGAGGCCCGCGACUUCCAGGCUGCCCGCCUCGACCGCCACGACCGCGGGCCCUGCGCCCGCAUGCGGCCCCGGCCUUCCACCGGCCUCGCCGAGAUCCUCGUCCUCGUCGGUGGCUGCGACCGCGACUGCGAUGAGCUCGUCACCGUGGACUGCUACAACCCGCGCACCGGGCACUGGCGCUACCUGGCUGAGUUCCCCGAGCACCUGGGUGGGGGCUACAGCGUCGCUGCCCUGGGCAAUGACAUCUACGUCACCGGGGGAUCGGAUGGAUCGAGGCUGUACGACUGUGUCUGGAGAUACAACUCCAGCGUGAACGAGUGGACAGAGGUGUCCCCAAUGCUGAGAGCCAGAGAAUACCACAGCUCUACGGUGCUGGACGGCCUGCUGUACGUUAUCGCCUCCGACAGCACAGAGCGCUACGACCACUCGCUGGACAGCUGGGAGGCCCUGCAGCCCAUGCUGUACCCCAUGGACAACUGCUCCACCACCUCGUGCCGCGGCAAGCUGUUCGCCAUCGGCUCUCUGUCUGGCAAGGAGACCAUGGUGAUGCAGUGCUACGACCCUGACAGCGACCUCUGGUCCCUGGUGAACUGCGGCCACCUGCCUCCCUGGUCCUUCGCCCCAAAGACCGUGACUCUGAACGGGCUCAUGUACUUCAUCAGGGAUGACUCAGCUGAAGUGGAUGUUUACAAUCCAGUGAAGAACGAAUGGGAUAAAAUCCCUGCCAUGCUUCAGGUCCACGUUGGGGGCAGUGUGGCUGUGCUGGGAGGGAAGCUCUACGUCUCCGGCGGCUACGACAACACCUUUGAGCUCUCGGAUGUCCUGGAAGCUUACGACCCCGAGACACGAACGUGGAGCGUAGCAGGGCGGCUCCCCGAGCCCAUCUUCUGGCACGGCAGCGUCAGCAUUUUCCGACAGUUCAUGCCAGAAACCACACAGGAGGAUGACAGCAUCACGCUGGACAACACCAUCACCCUGAACAGGCAGCGCCCGAACCUUCACCACCAGAACCUGAAUGAGCUGCGUUAGCGGGGCAGCGUGCCGUCCCUGCCUCAAUGCGAGUUCGUUGCCCACAGCCGGUGUUGCUCUGAGAGAAGGCAGAGGCAAACUGGAGCCUGGAAGCAAAAAGGUACUGAUUAGUACAGGGAGUAAAAAUGGAGUGUUUGAAAUGCUGUUGUAGAAACCUAGCUGGCAGAACACGAGGCCUUUGGGUGCAGCGUUCCUCAGCCCUUUUCUUUGGAGGCCGAAGGUGCAGUGCUACUCACAGAGAAGGUCUGAGAAGUGAACUCUGCAGAAAAUGGCUGUGUGAAGCACCACAGCUUACAGCUUUCGGGCAGACACCCUUCACCUGGAGCUCCUUCACUUUGCAACGCUUUGUUUGUCACCUAAUUCCUUUCUUCAGUCUCUUCCGAUGGGAAAAAAGAAAAGGAGCAGAAGGAAAACAGGCAGGACCAAAGCCCUCAGGAGGAGGGUUCUGCUCGGUAGGACUGGGGUCUGGACUCCCCUCCUCUGCUGUAUGCUUUAGAGGAAGGCAGGCCUCUUGGAU